UGUUUGUUUUUUUAAGUAGUUGGGUCCUCAUCUUUAUCCCGCUCGCACCCGUGUGGCGGGUCGGCCUCCCCGCCCCCUCAUAGUCUUCUUUGCAUCGCUGGCACGGCCCUGCCCGGCUGCAUGCUGCCCACGUGCAUGUGCGUGCCCGUGCGCGCGCACAGAUGCACUUGGUGCCUACUGCCUCCCAUCACUCUCCCCCCAGCCCUAAGCAGCUCCUUGCUGGAGCAAGCUGGGAAGUUCUGGGAAAACCACUUUGAUGCUGAGUAGAGCAAAAUGCUAGCCGUUUGUUUAUAUUUUUAAAAAAACGCCUGGAUGGAGGGAGGAGGGCCCAAAAAGAAGACAUGCCUGCGAAAACCUGGACAUAUGCUACCCCCUGUACCAGCUGGGGAACCCCCAGCUGAGGAUUUUCCGCACUAAUUUCUUCAUGACACUGGUGAGGCCAGGUGUGCCACAGCUGGAAGAUGUGGUGCAGUUCCGUGUCUCCAUGGAGAUGACAAGAGUGGAUGUUAAAAACUACCUUGAAAAAAUAUACAACGUUCCAGUAGCUACUGUGAGGACCAGGAUACAGUAUGGCUCAAACAAGAAGAGGAACCAUAAGAACCAGAAAGUGAAGUCCCCAGAUUACAAGGUUGCCUAUGUGCAGCUGGAUCAGGGACAAACUUUUCAGUUCCCCAACCUAUUUCCAGAGAGAGAACAAACAACAGAACACAUCCAGAACAAAUAUCUUGAGGAAGAAAGACAGAAGUACCAAGUCGAUCCCAGGCGAGGAGGAGUUCCGGAUUGGUUUAGACUUUGAUGGAAUGAGCCAGCUGCCUUUCUUUAGGCCUCUCCAGGGGAUUUUAAUCCGCAGAACCUGCUGCUUCCUCUCUUCAUAAAGACAUGGGCUUUAUUUCUGAGCAGCUUUUGGUAGCAUUUUGUUAUUCUCAGUUUUCUAUGUAAGACUACAACAAAAUGCCCCCAAAGAAAUAAAAAGGGAUCCUGCUCACAAGAGUCUGCUCCAGCAUGAAUCCCUUCUGGCCAAGGGUGCAAUAGAAAGGUCCUUCACAUUUUGAGAGAAAUGUUUUACAAUGGUUACUUCCCAGCUCCAAAGAGGAAAGAAGGAUGUUAUUCCAAGAAAUCUACAUCUAUUUGUAAGAUCAAAUUCAAGAUGGUGACUCUGACUCUCAUAAUUCCAUCACUAUAAAAAAGAGAUUGACUUGCAUUUCUCAAUUUGCAGGAUGUGUACUUCCACAUUUCAAGAUGACUUGCAUUUUCUUGUGGGACAAGACCACUAGUAGUAUAAAGCAGGG